AUGAUGGUUCAAUCGCAGAGUUUUCUUAGAUAUUUUCUGCCUUUCCUGAUUCUGCAAUUCCUUUCCUCCAAUCAAGUUCUUGCCAGCCUCGGUCCCUCUUCUGGAAAGUCUGCAGCCGACGUGCAGCAACGCAUCAUCGGCUACUACCCAGGAUUUAACCACAAUGAAAGCUGCGGCAUGGAGUUCGACAAAAUCCCUGCAGAGAACUUUACGCACUUGAACUUUGCAUUCGGCUACAUCAAUAAUUCAACUUUUGAGAUCGAACCAAAGGAAGGUUAUGACGCCCAGCUGUUUUCCAACUUCACAAGCAUCAGAAGCAGAAACAAGGAUGUCAAGUUGAUGAUCUCUUUGGCACAAUUGUCCGGCAACAGCACAUCUGUGUUUUCGAGCAUAGUCGCGUCGAGCUGCAAUCGGCAGAAGUUCAUCGAGCGACUGAUCUGUUUCAUGAAUCGCUACUGUUUCGACGGUGUCGACUUUGACUGGGAAUUCCCCGGUGAUCCCGCUACCGGAGGCAAUAACAGCGAUCGCGACAACUACGUACUGUUGGUCAAGGAGCUCAGAUCGACGCUUGCCCAGAUUCCCAACAAAGACUUCGUCAUUUCCUUCACUGCUCCCACCCCAACCUAUUAUCUGGGCAUGUAUAACCUGACGGAAAUGAUGAAGUACGCAGACUUCAUCAACUUCAUGGCCUACGAUGUGGUCAACGCCAACUGGGGCACCGAUAAGCACAUCUACGCGCACACCAAUCUGACCGAGAUCAACAAGUCUCUCGCCUAUCUAUUAGAUAAUGGCGUCCCUUCGAAACAGAUAAACCUCGGCCUUGCAUUCUAUGGUAACUCGUACCAACUGUCAGACACCUCGUGUGCCGUACCAGGAUGUCCAUUCCAGGGCCCAGGCAAAGCAGGCUCAUGCUCCGAAGCCGGCGUGCUCACCUACAAAGAUAUCAUGGGUGUCAUCCAGGCGGACGAACUUGCGCCACAAUGGGAUACCGAGGCCGCCGUCAAAUACAUUCAUUGGGACAACGACCAAUGGGUCGCGUACGAUGACAAGGACACGUUCAAGCAGAAGAUCGAGUGGGGAAACGGGAAGGGUCUCGGUGGCGUCCUUAUUUGGUCCAUCAACGACGAUGACCAAAACCUGUCGGCGCUUCGCGGAGUCGUCGAUGCCCAGGCCAUGCUCGCUUCCAAUACCACUGUUGAUGGGCAGUAG